AUGGAGAGCCUCCUCUGCGAGGCUUUGCCACUCGAUGCGACACCCUUGUCGGGUCAGCGUUGCCAUAAGUGGCCCGAUUACGCUGAGGGAUGUGGUUCUGGCAGAACUCCCAAGUUGAUAGGAAAGUGGCACCGCAAAGGUCAUACCUUAACAAGCAUACCUGGGUCAAACCAUGAGGCUUCCUCUGAUCACAACAUACAAGAUGGCUCAAACACGCAAGCGAGCAAAGAUCCGAUCUGUCUGCCUUUGCCGGCGAAGGAGGAUGAUCAUCCCAUCUCUAGUGCCAAUCAGAAGGAGGACCAGAUGGACAUACCAGGCGAUUGCAUCAGGGAGCCAAAAUAUGCAGAAGAGCAAGGUUCAACAGAGCAAAAAGGGGCUUCAGAACCUCAUGCCGACUCAUUCCGCUCUUCUCCAGGAUCUGACUACAUGAGUCAACGACACAGGAUAGGUGAACCUUCCGACAUCUCCAGAGAAGCCAACCCGGGGCAUGCAAACUCACAGAUUUUCAAUGACAGUCUCAGUCCGAUACAAAAGACGUGGGGCGAGCUUAGCAAUCUUGUGGACUCAUACACGGGCGAUAUCAUCACGACCGGCGACCUUCGGCGGAGUGUGUCCGACUCGAGAAGAGGUGCUCUCGAUCAACUCGACGCAUUGCUGUCUUCGAAUCAGAACCAACUGUCACAAAAGCUCCGAAAUGCCCUUUCCGACCUACAAGAAGCCGAGGAGAAGCUGAUGGGUGAGGACGAAAAGCUCAUUGAACAGGGAGAUCAAGUCCUCAGAAAAGGUUCCAGAAUCUUCGGGCCUGCCGCGCCAUCUUCCCUCAGACUCCUUGAAGAGCAGGGCAUUGUUCUUCGAUCCCAGACUACCGAAGCAGAGACUUCUCUUAUCUCAGCAGAUGAUAUACGACUCGACAGAACUUCCGAAGCGCAGUUGUAUCUCUCAAAAAAGGCUGAUGUCGAUCUGCUCCGGGAAAGCUUGAUGGAGCUGGACGAAGAUGGUAUCUCAGCGACGGCCGACCCUUUCAGCACACGGGAAGAGUCUGAACUCCAUAGAUAUAUGGAUUCAAGGACGAUUGAUCUCAGAAACCAGUUGGGACAGGCCGAAGAGGACCUGGAACGCCUUCGCAGCAAGUUGCCAGACCGCAAGGUCAACAUAUCUGAGGAGCAAUUGAUAGAAUCUGAAGAGGACGGAGUAGGCCUCCUCGAAGGACUCAACCCACGGACAGAAGGCAUACACGAAGUUGCUACAAAUUCUGAAGAAACUUCGCUCACAACACCCGACGAUCGCCAUGACAGUCUUCAACAGAUACUUGAUCUUGCGACCGAGGACGAUCCGAUCAGAUCUAGCACCUUGGUCAAUGCGUACCUCCUCUACCAAUUCAGGCUCUUUCCCAAAGAGCCAAAGAGCUACGUUGAGGCCGUGAGAGCUGCGGCUGCUGAGUUGAACCCGAAUUUGCCGUCCGACCCGUUGAUCCUAUCUCUCGAACACUGGUUUGACGAUGAAAAGAAACCCAAAACCAGAUCCAGGUCCAAACCCAGCAAGUCCCGAAAGAAACCCCCUUUCAGCCAUCACCAACAAUCCAUAGCGAUGAACGCGGAUCAGUCUACAGUGACGCGUAGGAAAAGCGAGCCCAGAGACAUUCGCAAGCCGUCUCCUCUCCAACCGCGCGAUACCAGGCAUCGACCCAACAUCUCUCCACGUGAUGAGGCGAACUAUGCCUCGUCUGUACGUUAG